AAAUGUCUCAAAAAUCUAUUGGAAAUACAGCCUUGCCGACUGCCGAUGCAGAUGCAAGCAAGGAUCGUGAUCGCGACACAUUAAUCGAACGUAAUGCACGCAUUGGAGAGCUCAUUAGCAAUAUCACUCUAAGCCUGAAAGGAACACUCAAGAAUUCGAACAAUAAUACUGCAGACAGUAGUAAAUAUAAGCGAGCUUUGCUCGAGAAUGGAUCCACUCAAACAGAUCCGUUUAUCAUGCCAGGACUUAAAAUGCUCGUGGAACGCACUGGCGACUCUGUGGCCUGUCAGACCAUUGAGAAGGAUCCGUUUGCUAACUAAUGAGCCUUAGCUGGCAUCAAACUUUUAAAGAAUGGAUCGAUUUCAGUUUUAUGUUUACUUAAUUUUGGUUUAUAUUCUUAUGUUUAAUUAUGGUAGAACAAUUUUGGAGAA